UUUCAGUCUAAUCGAUGGAAUGUCGUAGAACUGCCGUAGAACUCGUGUUUACACUACAAGCAAGGAACUUAUAUGUUGUGCAAAUGGCCAUCAAUAUUUAGAAAUAAUUGAACAUCAUUGGAGCGGUAAUCCUUAAAUUAACUUCCUCAUGGCAAACCAGAGAGAACAAGGUUUUACAUCGUAUUCAAGCUUCAAAACCUUCGUAUUCCUGGCCUAAAAGUAGGACAUUUCAGUAUGGGAAAAGAUCUUGAUCUUCUUCAUGCCGUAAAGAAUAACGAUGUUGGAACUGUUAGAAAAAUUCUCAGCAAGAUUUUCUCAAGUAAAUCAAAAAAAGCAGCAAAGAAAUUUAAUAUAAAUAUACAAGAUGAAGAUGGAUUCACUGCCCUACAUCAUGCAGCCCUCAAAGGUAAUACAGAUGUUACAAUGGCACUUCUGGACGUACAAUGCAAUGUUAAUGCAAGAGAUAAAAAAGGCAUGGCACCACUUCACCUUGCCAGCUGGGCAGGAAAAACAGAAAUAGCCAAACUACUGGUGUAUGCAAGGGCUUGUGUUAAUACGUGUGCCGACAGUGGAGACACUCCCCUUCAUCUAGCAUGUCAACACUGUAAUGUAGGAGUGGUUGAAGUAUUACUAGAGUCUAAUGUAGACUCUACAGUUGUAAAUAAAAAUGGAGAAUCUGCUUUGGAUUUGGCAUGUAGAUUUGGACACUGUCAGGUUGUGGAGAUGUUAUUAAAAAGUAAAGACUGUAAAAAACUGCUUUUGCUGUACGAACAAAACCCAAAGACUGCCGAUCCUCCCUUGCAUAUUGCUUGUAAAACAGGACGAGAAGAAAUUGUAGUGAUGCUUCUUGAUUAUGGUGCAGACAUUAAUCAGAAAGGAGCAAACGGAACCCCCUUACACGAGGCAUCCCUGUACGGCAAGACAGAUGUUGUUAAAAUACUUCUAGAUAGUGGUGCUGAGGUAAACAUAUCCAACGAUGAAGGACACCUACCCUUAGACCUUGUUAUGCAAUUCACAAGUUCUAAAGCAUCACAGGAGAUCAAGGAUCUUCUAAGAGAUGCAUCUAAGACUAAGAUAGUUAUGGCAAAAGCCUUACAUGACUAUCAAAACAUCUACGACCCUACCUGUCUGGCAUUUAAGACUGGUGACGUCAUUGAGAUAUUGGAGCAGAAUGAAAGUGGAAGAUGGAAAGGAAAGGUCACAAUUGGCAAGAGGGAACUAGUUGGAUAUUUUCCAUCUACUAUGGUCAAGAUUAUAAGUGGCAGGAAAUCAUUUGUUUCUGGAAAGACAAUGUCAAUGAAGAAUGCUGGGAUCUUACCAGUCGGCAAAUAUGAGGUGGUAGCACUGCCUUCAGGCUCAGGUCAGUCCUCACCAGUUCGUGGUCGUCCACGUCUUAGCAGCUUUCAUCAAAACGGUAGAUCGACACCAUCACCUCCCGUAUCCCCCGAAAAAGAAUCUCGCCAACCACCAGACCUCCAACAACCAGCACUGAAGGAAAACCGUCCCAAUCCAUUAGCAAACGGACUCGAAGAAAGUAAACUAUUCAACAAAAACAAAGAAUUCCUUAAGUAUGUUGAAGUAUCGAUGGAAAACACCUCGUCUCCACCGACGUCUCCUGGUUCUUCCAACGGAUCUCGAACGCAGUACGCCGAGGUGGUGCUACAUUCGCCAGUCAAUGGAGCAAAUGAGGACGAGAAACCGCCGUCAUUACCACGAAAAGUCUACAAGCAAGAAAACGAAAAUGAACAAGGAAUGGAAAAGGAAAGGGAGGAAAGUAUUUGGGUGAAGAAUUCGUCAGAUCAUCCUGAGCUGCCAAGCAAAGCUAACUCGGUGGUCAAAGAUACAACUACAACAACAGACACUGAAAUGACGACAGACCCAGAUUUAAACGAACCAGAAGAAAAUGAAAUGAAAAAUGAGAAUGAGAAUGAGGAUGAAAAUGGGAUGGAAAGUGAAAUAAAAGAGGAUGAAUCCGAGAAUGAAGGAGACUUGUUGUUAACUCAUAACGCGUCCAGCGAAUUAGAACAGGCGAUUCAGAAUCUAGAUUCAAACAGACCGAGAACACCUGAAAAACCAAGGAAAAAUUAUGAAGACAUGAGCUUAGAUUCACCGGACAAAGAAGCUCUUCCUGAAAGAAAGGUUCAAAAAGUUGUUCAAUUAUCGCCCAGGAAACUCAAGUUUGAGGAACAAGGGUCUCCUUCCACAGAUCGGAGACAGAUUCUGGCUUACGAAAACGUUGAGCUAAACAAACACAGACCGAAAGACGCUGCAGUCAUGACUAUGUUUAUCAAAGACAUCGAUCAAGAAAUGGACCCAGAUUAUGUGGUCCUUAAUAAGGGGGUCUCUCCUGACCCUCGUGAUAUGGCACCUAAUAAAAAGCACCGCUACGAAAAUGUCCCUCAGGGAUUUGAAUCUAGGGAAAGGACAGAAAAGAAUUGGGCGGAGCAGAACUGCGAGGAAAUGGACAGCGUAGAAAAUGAAAGUAAAUAUUACGAAGAUAUGGCUGGAGCUCGUGUUACUGAGAAGAAAGGGGCAAAAGAAUUUCAAACUACUCCAGGAUAUGUACUCCUGCAAGCGGGAAAGAGUUCUUUGUCCACAACAGAUUCGUACGAAAAUAUUGUUAUUAAUCCAGGAGGUGCAGAGAGCUCAGCUGGUUCAAGUGGGUCAGCGGAAUACAUGUCCAUGAAAGAUGGCGUCUACAACGGAUCAAACCGAGACUACAUUAACAUCCAUCUACCAGCUUCAACAGAGUUGGGUGCUCCCGCUUUACCAGAGGCACACAGUGGACUAACGAUGAACGAUUACAACUCUCUCUACGACUGGCUCGAAUCAUGUAAACUAGUUAUUUACAUCGAUAACUUCGUGCAAGGUGGUUUUGAUAUGACGUGUAUGGCGGGUUUAACAGCAGAGGACCUCACAGCGAUCAACAUCACUAAAACUGGACACAGGAAGAAACUGUUGUCGGAAUCCAGCAAGCUGAAUAGCGAUUAUUUGCCCCACGAACGGCCUGGAGACAUUAUGACGUGGCUUCGUCUGAUUCACCUUGAUCAAUACACAYCACAGUUCAUAGACAACGGUUUUGAUGACAUGGAUUUUGUACAAGACAUCACCAUUGAAGACUUAGUAUUAAUAGGAAUCACGAAACCUGGUCAUCAAAGAAAAAUAUGGAUGGCUGUAAAGGCGUUGGGACUUAUUGGUAAAGAGGAGGACUGUGAGGGAGCCCAAAAAAGGGUUUCUUACGCUGACAAAGUUGAGGGGUACUUAGAAACAGAUCUUGAUAUGGUUGAGGAAAAGAUUAUGAAAAAGAGGGAAGGAAUGGAAGUACUGAGCACGGAUAUUGAUAGUGCAUUGUCAAGGCUGCCGGCAGACGGAGCAAGUGAUGUUGCUGUUGCUUUUGAAGACAUGAGUACAGAACGUGAACGCUCCGAUGAAACAAGUGAAGGAAACUCGACAAAAACUUUAGACAGAGAAAUGGCGUCGCUACAGAUCGACUCGCUCAACGAAACACGAGGAAGCACCCCACAUCUCGACUUAAUACUUGACUCACUCGAUAAGGAUUCCACUUCUUCCCCUGAGAGAAAGAGCCAAACGCCGCCGAGUCAACUUACGGAAAAACGAUCAAGCGGUCCUUUUCAGAUCUCAUUUUCUCGUCGCUCAGGGAGUUCAUCUAAGGACAGAAUUUCUGCGGAUUUAGGGAUGCGGUCGCGAAGCCCCUUUGAAGAUCAACCUGAAGUCAGCGCUGAGAAGAAUGACGCUGGAAAUAACAAGGAAUCGCCUUCAAAGACUGUUGAGUCAGACUUUGGGAGAACCGUGGUUGGUCUCCAGCAAAAAAACAGCGAGAAACCUGACGUCUCGAAGUCACGACCUCGCCAUAAUUCGAUGGAGAGUAUACCCAUUGUUACUGUGAGUGAAUCAUCGAGUUUGGAUCAACGCACACGUGGAACAUCGUUUGACUCCAAGACAGCAAAGAAACGACCUCCGCCAGCUGUGAAACCCAAAACCCCCAAGAAACCGCCACCCAUCGCACCCAAACCUACUGGGUCCCCAGCCAAGACAAGGGCGGAUCAACACGUGAUAAACAAAGAAUCAUCAUUGGUUAAAGACAGUGCGCAGCCUGGUAUAACAGACACCAAAAAUACUGAACGACGCGUCCAUAAUAGUCCGGGCUCAAGUCCCAGAAAGACGCCCCCACCCACCCUCCCUAAAACACGUCACGGGAGUGUACGCUCACAGAGUGCAAGUAGUGACGAUUCAAUUGAGGCAGUCCUCGAAGACUUGGAAAAACGAAAGCUCUACGAUGGUCGUCGGAAGUCAUUCGAGAAGCUGAAACGAAGAUUCACCGAUCCCUGUUCGGAUACCUUUGGUUUUGAAGAUGAUAGUAAUGAAUUUAGGACGAGAUGCGAGAGUCAACCAGGUCUUCAGGAACGAAUCAAAGAUGUCUUCAGAAGACCCUCACCGGAGAGUGUUCUUGUUGAUCAAGAUCAACUCAAACCCCACCAUCAAGACAUCACUAUGACUACCAACACCUCCACUACCGCAACUAGUAAAGAUGACGUAGAUACAGAUGAAGAGUUAUUGAAAGAUCAACAGUACACAGAGGAUUUAAUGAAAGAUAUCAACAGCAUGUUGUCAGACUUCUCCACAGAAAUUGAAACAAUGUUCGACGACCAGCCUGAUAAAUCGACGUCCGUGUGAAGUCACAUGUUGCGGGGUAAAUAGUAUCGACAGGAUAGACUUCUACCAAAUAAGCUAGCUGUAAUAUAAAAUUGAGAAAAAUCUUUUCUUUCAUGACUUAAAAUAAGAACUUCCAAAGAGACUAGUCAAUGACUUGGGAGUACCCCAUUGGACAGUUAGCAUUGAGUCAUGUGACUUAGGAGUAAACCAGGCAACUUAGCAAUGCGUCACGUGACUUGGAAAUAUCACUUAACAUUAAGACUGCAAAGGAUCGAGAUACCAUAGUAGGUAAAAUGCCAUGAAGAUUGCAUCAUCGGGCAUUUUAAAGGGUUAUCAAUAAAUUCUAGACUACAUCAUAGUUAACAUAGACUAAAAACGAAAUAUUUUGACCCUUAAAUUACCGUAUAAUUUGUAUUUGCUGCAGUGUCAGCCAAUCGGCUUGCCUCAAUAUUUAAUAUUUGUGGAGGG